AUGAGUCACUCUCCGCUACCUGCUGAACGCCGUCAACUUGAUAUUAUUUCGACGCUCCUCCCCCAGGAAAACAACGCGCAAAUCACCGACGAUGUGUGUUUUUGAGUUUUUUUUUCUUUGGCUGGCGAUUCGCGUGCUUUUGUCGUGACCGGCCAGUCACUUUCCGAUUCGAUUGCUUUCCGUUUAGACCAUUCAAACAAUGGAAAUUAUAAUUUUCCCUUUUGGAUAAGCUUUAUGAAUCUUCUUCACUCUACUUGAGACUUUGAUGAAAACCUACAUGUUUGGUAGUUCAGGAGAUGGUGGAAGCUGGGGUCCACGAGGUCUUCAACAAGCCAACAGAACGGAUUCCUCCGUCGACACCAACUUUUCUAGGACCUUUCGCAAUUAUCUGCAGGUACCUUCAUUAUUGACAAAAUUUUUAUGCUUCAUUUUCUGUUGUAGCAGUUGAAUAUGAUCUAAUGAGCUGUAUAGGGCGAGUAGUAACUCUUUGGGCGUAAGCCGUUUCGGGUCGGAUAGGCUCAAAAAAAAAAACUAUUUUGCAACUGGACUUCUGAGAGAACAGAUCAUCUUAAAUUUAGUUCACUGAAAAAUCAUAUUUUCUGGAAAAACCAAUCAAAAAAACUCCACGAAAAGAAAUCGCUACCUUCAUUAUUUUUUUUUUUUGAACUCUUUCUAUAUAUACUGCAAUAUCAGUUGCUUCGGAAACAAAACUCUAACGCAUAAUUAGAUAAUUUAAAAAUAAAAGUCUGUUCCACGCACAUUUUUUAAAGGCCUUCGGAUUGAAAAAAAUCACAAAAAAACAAAAAAAUUUUUUUGCUAUUCAAAAUCUACAACUUUUCUCUCAAAGGUGUUCUUAUCUAAAGCUUCAGAAAUCGGGCCACAAACCACAAUCUUCUCCUCUAGACAUUUCCAUAAUGGUUUGAGUAAAUAUUUGCAAAUCCUUCUAUAGAACUUUUCAUCGUUUCUUCACCAUCAAAACAAUGAAUUCUGCUCAUUUUUCAUAGAUUGUUGUGGGUCAAACUAUACUUAACCCUCAAUGUAUAGCUCGUGGAGGACCUAGUUAUCUUUCCAAUCUUGAUUUUGCAAACCAUUGAGAUUGGAAAAUGCGAGAAUCUUUCUUAAUCAUAAAGUUGGGAAGAAAACUUACAGAUUCUCAGGACUCGAUGGCUCACGAUUCAAGAAAGGCCAAAUGUUCACUUUCCGGGCGAUCCUUUCCCUCAUUGCGGUCGUGGUUGUGGUGACGGGGAUUGUCGUCAAAAUGGGCUCGCAAAUGUUCUCAGACGCCAAGGUAUAGUUGCCAACCUUGAAUGAACCAGUGCAUUUUUCGCAAAAGUUUUUUUUUCCAACAGUAGAAAAACAAAAUGUGUCUCAACUGACCUCGUUGCAGCCGCUGUCUCUGCGAUGGGCCGAGACCAAUCUUCUGGGAUUCAUGGCGCUUCAGUCGCUGUUCGGCGCCAUCUGCAUCAUCGCCUGGACCAACAGCGGCUUCUUCGAUAAGUUCGAAGAGCAACUUUGCCGCGUCAGAGUUUUGCGAGUCAGUUAGUUUCGCAUGUCAAACAAAACCUAGACCUUAAAAUUUGAAACUGAAACUGUAAAUGAUUGAUGAAUACCAGACUCAAAUUUCACUGAACGUUCCAGAUAGCGAACGACGAGACGUUGGACGACUACAAGAAGUAUCAUCAGAUAUCGGCGAUAUUCGCGUUGCCGAUCUUCAUCGUCGCCAUCGGCGCGGCCUUCUUCAACAUCUUCUCCGGCGGCGGACAGUCGCCUCUGGUCGCCUUGGACCCGAUCGUCAGUUUCUUCGCCGCCUUGGCGACGUCUCUCGCCCUCAUCACCUACAUCUCCGUCAACGUGGCUCUCAAUCGCGAGAUCGAGUACUUCAACAAGGAAAUCGCCAACGCCUCCCGGUUCCAGCAGCUCACGGUCAGUCCGAGUUUCAUCAAAAAUCAAUAUUUUUCAUUUCUCAUCCACAAGUACUGAAAAGUUCGACUAUCCUUUCAGCAGGAAAUUAUACCAGGGAAACGUUCAGAAGGUCUUUGAGACGUCUUCAAAAAGCCAAAAUGAGAAGUGGAAGCGUUAAAAUAUCUUCUCAGCCUCCUUACAGCUUCUAGUUUAAAAUGUGAGAAACGAGUGCGCUCGAAAAUGAGAGGUUGACAAAAAAUAGACGCGGAAAUUGAGCUUUUCGGGACAUUUUCGGGGGCUGUUUUCUACAAUUUCAAAUUCAGGAAGCCUUAGAAAGAUGAAAGUUAUCUGUUGAUAUCUCUUUUAUCUAAAAUGUCUUUAUCACAACUUAGAAACUCAGAAAAGUGAGAACAAAAGAGAAUUAAUGACGGAUGCGAGUAUAGGCUGUUGCUUGAUAUAGAAUAAGUCUUGAGGCACCUCGUAUAGCACUGAAAACGGCUAUUUUGUGGAGUCAAGUAUUACUCUCUUGAACACCUAGAUUCAUAACACAUUCUAGGGCCUAGAAAGUGUCAUUAUUACCUACGAAUGAAGAAGAAGAAGGAGGUAUUUUAAUGUGACACAAUCAAAAGCUCCGGAAAUCGCUCUAUUCAAUCGAUUGCAGCUACCGAAAGUGCUCAACACCUACAGCAAGAGACAGUCCGACCUCAUCCAACUCGUCCGUUUUGCCAACGAAAAUCUUCGUAAGACCUCAAAAUACGAAAAUAUAAACUAAAAAGGGCCUUUUAGUCCGUUACUGCACUAUUAUUCCGAUGUUCACGUUCACAGCCGUCGUCAACGGGGUUUAUCUGGUCGGAGGGUGAGGUCUAUCAGAAGAAGCAUGAGUUGUGAGGUUCCGCAGGUUCCGGAGCGAAAUCUCGGUUCUCAACAUGAUAAUCGUGAUCGGCUGGGUGAUCGUGGCUGGCGGAGUCACCAGUGGAUGUCUUGUCGCGCCGGCCAACGUCCAGAAAAAUGUGAGACUUGAAAAUAAAACAACAUCAGAAAAAUGUCAAAAGAAAGCAAGAUAAGUUUUUUCCAUAAAAUCAUUUUCUUUUUAGACUGAUUCAAAACGCCUAAAAAUUAUUUGAUGAUGUGGCGAUCCAAUCAAAAGCAAUUUUCUUCUUUGGAAAAACUUUUUUUCAACUUUUGCAAAUCUUGAUCAGAAGCUAGCACUAAGAAUAACUGCCGAGAUAAACGCGAGACACUGGCGGUACAUUGACGUGCUCGCAAACAUCUCGCUUUUUUUCUCGCGCCGGUAUCGCAUUUUUCUGGGCGCCAGCUCGCACUUUUCUAGGCGCGAGCUCGCAUUUCUCUCGCAAUUUGAAAAUUUCCGAAAUGCAAGAUAAAUGCGAGGUCGCGCCGAGAAAGAAAUGCGAGCUCGCGCCCAGAAAAAAAUGCGAGAUCGCGCCUAGAAAAAAAGCGAGAUGUUUGCGAGUUCGUCAAUGUACCGCCACCGACCUCGCGUUUAUCUCGUCAGUUAUUCUUAGUGAGUAUGUCCAUGCAAAAAAAAAUAUUUUUCCAGAGUUUCUCUUCAUUUUCUUAUAUCAUGAAUGAUUCUCUGAAAAUAAUGAAAAGUUAUGGAAGUACAAAAAAAUUUUUUUGCUUUUUCGUGCAUAGUUAUUUUUGUUCUGUAAGGUUCCUUGAAGAUGAAAAUAGCCAAAUCUAGAGUUUAAUUGACCAAACGUUUCUUUCGGCUUCUUUAUCAUAUCUCAAUGUAUUAAAUACAUUCAGCUUUCGCAAACGAUCGACAUCCUUCUCCACGACGACGUACUGCACUCAUGUGGAGAUGAACAAGUUGGUUCAACUUCCGAAGAUUCCCCGAUCGAAAUCAAGAACUCAAUGUUUGUUUGAGAUGCGACACACGUACCGGGUGAUGAUGGACAGAUGCUUGCACAGCAACGCCAAACUCUCUGUUCUCAACGCGUUCCACAUCGACCACAACUCAGCACACACGGUAAGCGGCCCCUCAAAAGGACCGCCACUCUACCGCCAUUUCAGGCGCUUUUCGUCAUUCCCAACAUCGCCAUGCUACUCGUCAUCAUCAAGAAGCUUGGUGCGGUCUGA